UUCUCUGUGAUCUCCUACAGAACAGCACAAAUCUUGCUUUCAUCAACCUUGAUUAACAUUUUCUUGAAGUCAUUCAUAUUCCGAAGAGAUCAAGAGGAAAAUGGCUAAGUUGACAUUGAUUAGAAGAGUAAGUGAUGGGUUGCCUCUGGCACAAAGUUUCCCCCCUUCAAAAGAAGAGAAGGAUGGCUUGUUGUUUUACAGAGAGCAAGGAGAUUUGGUCAUGGCUGAGAUAUCGAGAAGAGCUCCAGAAGCCUCCAGAAUGUCGAUUCGUAUCGAUCACCACUGCUUUAAUUUUAUUAUAGAAGAUGGAGUAUGUUACAUGGCUCUAUUUGAUGCUUAUUACCCUAGAAAGCUGGCUUUUCACUACUUGGAGGACCUGCACAGGGAUUGCCACAAUUCUUAUGGCCCUGUCAUGCAUACUAUUGCCAACCCUCAUGCUUUGUCCAGAAUUGAAUUCAUCAUUAACGGGAUCAGGAAACUUUACUUGGAUACAAGGACUCAAGCCAACCUCGCAAAGCUAAAAGCAGGGGGUGGACAAAUUCAAGAAAUCCCUACACAAGAUAUCUCUGACUUCCUCUUUAGCCAAAAGGAAUCAGGUAUUCCCUCUUUUGUAAGAGAGAGAGAGAGAGAGAGAGAUUGCCUUGCUUUUGAGGGUGGCAAUGACCCGGACCUGACCAGGGACCAACGUCCACAAUUGGGAGUAGCAA